AUUUCCCUCUUUUCAUUUCCCUCCUUUCAUUCUUCUCCUUCAACUCUCUCACUCUAUCUCUCCAUAAUAUACCUUCGCAAAUAGGAGAGAGAAAGAGAGAAUUGUAGGAAGAAGAACAAUAAUGGAGUCUGCAAUUACUAUCUGUAAUCACAAUUCUCUCGCAUUUUCUCUCUCUAGAAACCCUAGUUCUUCGACCAAGACUGCUGCGAAGAUUGCUUCAUUAUCAUCUAAAUUGUCUAACCAAUUGCUUAAUUCCAGCGCUUUAUCUUCGUCUUCUUUGUCGAAGAAAUCAUCGGUUUCUCAUGUUUUACAGCGUUCUAAUGGAGGUUCUGUUCGGUGCUCUGUUGCUGAAACUGCUUCUACACCUUCUGAGAAAAAGGGCCAGUUGAUGAGAAGAAACGACAUUAGGAACAUAGCUAUUGUUGCUCAUGUAGAUCAUGGGAAGACAACUUUAGUUGACUCUAUGCUGAAACAAGCAAAGGUGUUCCGUGACAACCAGUUUGUACAAGAGCGCAUAAUGGACUCUAAUGAUCUUGAACGUGAAAGGGGAAUCACCAUUCUCAGUAAAAACACUUCAAUUGCAUAUAAAGAUACCAAAAUCAACAUCAUAGAUACUCCAGGGCAUUCUGAUUUUGGAGGUGAAGUAGAACGCAUAUUGAAUAUGGUUGAAGGUGUUCUUUUAGUGGUGGACUCUGUUGAGGGUCCGAUGCCACAAACAAGGUUUGUUCUGAAGAAGGCUUUAGAAUUUGGACAUGCUGUAGUGGUGGUGGUUAAUAAAAUAGAUAGACCAUCUGCUCGUCCUGAUUACGUCAUCAAUUCUACAUUUGAACUUUUCAUCGAAUUAAAUGCAACAGAUGAACAGUGUGAUUUCCAAGUAGUAUAUGCAAGUGGCAUCAAGGGGAAGGCUGGACUCUCUUCUGACAAAUUGGCAGAUGAUUUGGGACCCCUUUUUGAGUCUGUUAUCCGAUGCAUCCCUGGGCCACGUAUUGAAAAAGAUGGUGCCUUACAAAUGCUUGUUACAAAUAUAGAGUACGAUGAGCACAAAGGGAGAAUUGCAAUUGGACGCUUGCACGCAGGUGCUCUUGAAAGGGGAAAGGAUGUCAAGGUAUGCACGUCAGAAGAUUCAUGUAGAUAUGCACGAGUAAGUGAGCUUUUUGUUUAUGAGAAAUUCCUAAGGGCUCCUGUGGACUCUGUAGAAGCAGGAGAUAUAUGUGCUGUUUGUGGAAUUGCAGAUAUUCAGAUUGGAGAGACGAUUGCUGAUAAAGCUUUUGGGAAACCUUUGCCUGCAAUAAAGGUUGAGGAGCCAACUGUGAAGAUGUCAUUCUCAAUCAACACUUCUCCGUUUGUGGGUCGUGAGGGAAAAUAUGUAACUAGUAGAAACCUCAGGGAUCGACUCUAUCGGGAGCUUGAGAGAAACUUGGCAAUGAAAGUUGAAGAUGGGGAAACUUCUGACACUUUCAUGGUUAGUGGGCGAGGAACUCUGCACAUUACCAUACUGAUUGAAAACAUGAGAAGAGAAGGAUAUGAGUUCAUGGUUGGUCCCCCCAAAGUUAUUAGCAAAAAGGUGGAUGACAAGCUGCAUGAACCUUUUGAGAUUGCAACAGUGGAGGUACCAGAAGAACAUAUGGGUGCUGUUGUUGAACUUUUGGGUAAAAGACGUGGACAGAUGUUUAAUAUGGAGAAUUUUGGGUCUGAAGGAACAACAGUAUUGAGAUAUAAAAUACCAACCCGUGGUCUUUUGGGAUUGCGAAAUGCAAUUUUAACUGCUUCUCGGGGCACUGCAAUCCUGAACACAAUAUUUGAAGGUUAUGAACCUUGGGCUGGUGAAAUCAGUACUCGUGAUCAGGGUUCACUGGUUGCAUUUGAAGAUGGUACUAGUACAUCUUAUGCCCUCGCUAGUUCACAAGAGAGAGGCAAGAUGUUUAUUGCUCCUGGAGUAGAUGUUUACAAAGGUCAGAUUGUUGGUAUCCAUCAGAGACCUGGUGAUCUAUCACUGAACGUGUGCAAGAAGAAGGCAGCAACAAACGUUCGUUCAAACAAAGAACAGACAGUGGUUCUCGAUACACCAAUUGAUUACAGUCUUGAUGACUGUAUAGAAUACAUUCAGGAGGAUGAACUUGUGGAGGUCACUCCAUUAAGUAUCCGAAUGUGCAAGAAUCCAAAGUUUGCAAAGAAAGGCAGGUAAAGCCAAGUAUCAUCUGCUCCUCAAAGUCUACCUGGGAAAAUAUUGCAAUAUAACCUUAUGCUACAGACGAAUAUAAGGUUUUGAUUCAAAAACAAUGAUUGAGUUUGAGGUUUACAUCAAAUUUAUAUAAUGCAAAUAUUUCGACAAAGUCUGAGGAAGGACAUCAGGAACGUAAAAUAUAACAAUUUGGAUAUACAGAGUACCAUAUUGUUUUUUGCCUGAAGGCAGGCGAAACGAAGUCAGCAACAUCAACAGUUGUUCUAGUGAUCUUUUUGGCGCUGAUGUAUAUGAUUACAGAUAUUCAUAUAUGUAUUACUACAGAUCAAAACAGUACAUUGCUGAUUGUUACCAAAAAAUAAUUCUUCCAUUUUAGUAUAUGAUGGCCAAUGUCAAUUGUUGGAUAUCUAUCUGCCUGCCCCUUUAACUCUUGUCUAUUUAUCUUAGUCGGUUGUGAACUUGUGAUUGUAGUAAUGUAUGGUUUGUGGGGUCGCUAAAGUUUUAAAGUGAUACUCCACUACUUUGUGUUAAUUUUGGGCAUGAGUAGUUGUGUACUUGUGUUACAAUUUGUGGCCAUUGCAACAUGGAUUAAUAAACAAAAUUCUCCACUA